AGCAACUACAUAAAUAAUAACCGAUCAAACACCUUAUGGAAUCUGUAAACUUCCAGGAAAUCAAAAGCGCGAAAAACAAAAUAUGAUCAAUACCAAAACUGCCAUUUUAAUUUAGAAGAAAAAGAGCAGAACAGAAGAGUUGGAAGUUAUUCAAUGCAUUUAAUGUAUUUUUUAGUAACAAUACGAAUUACAACACUACACACUUCCUUAAGACCGACAACCGACAAGUUAUGCACUCGGACACUGAUAUACCAAUUCUAUUCAAUAAAAAAAAAAGAAAACGAUAAGCAGCCACAGAUUCGAGAUGCAAAUAUUUGAAUAAAACACGUAUUUUAACACGUUGUCAUAGUUUAGUAAGUGAAAACCAAAAGCAAAAGAAACCCUAAAGCAUUUAAACGUUUCCAAUUGUAUUGUCUAGAACCUAAGGGCAAGCUGUAAGUUUCCAAAAUACCUAUAAACAUAAACACACAACAUACACAAAUAUACAGACAUGCUAGCAUAUUAUACGGAUUACACAAUUACAUAAUUUUAGUAUUAUUAUACAAAUAAGAAUGUAUGUUGUAUUUUACAUUUGACGUACAUUAAAUGAUUUCCGCUUAAGUCAAGUAACCAUGUAUCAAUAUUGCCCAGCGCAAGUAAAGAUUAUCGAAUAAGACCCCUGAAACUCACAAGGGGAAACCCAGUUGCCAGUCAAUCAUCGAGCUCCGUUGAUGGUUCUCUCUGUCGUUUGCAAAAUUUUCUCAAUAAACUUAAAGUGGUUUUAUGUAUGAAAAGGAGGGUCUAACAAAUAAUGGGUUAACAUGUUCAGUUCUAGGUCAGAUCAAUAGUUAAGGAAAUCUAGAUCUGAAAGGGUAUCUUUAACUAAACUUUUUAGCAAUCUUGGCUAUAUUAAUCAUUCCUGUUGAUAAAUAUAGUUUAAAAGAAUGAAAAUAAAAGCGUUUUGGCCCUGGGAUCGUUGGUACUAUCUCAUGUCCCUUGGAAUCCCAUUGGUCAAGUGUCAGACCAAUCAGACGCUGCGUCCCUUUAUCAUUCUGAUCGAGCAGGAAUCCUUGGUGAAGUUCCGCAAAUUCAAGCCACAGGAUGGGGACGUAGAUCCACAGACCAAAACGGAAGAUGAUUCGAACUACGUGGAUAGGGGACCAUUGAGUCCAAUUACUUAUGUGCCACAUCUUGUCACUGGUUCUAUAGUCUCGGACUCCAAAGAUGUGCCUAAAGGAUAUAUAUCUAAGGAUGGAAAUGACAUUGGAGCCAAGGUAGAGAAUGAUGAUUGGACGGCGUUUUUAACAACUCAGACGGGGCUUAAGGUAUUGAUUCCAAUACUGUUCUUUCUCUUUCUGCUGGUACCCAUCAUUGGACUGAUUUAUGCCUGCUGCUGUACGCGUUGCAAGAAAACUCGAAGAUCCAGCAAAUGCACCCGCUACUGCUGUGGCAUCCUUCUCGCCAUUCUGGCAUUUUUGAUGAUUUUAUUUCUAAUUUUGGCCAUUCUGGCGGCAACCCGGCUGAAUAAAAACCUGAAGAGCCUAAAAAGUAGUGAAUGUCUGCGACGUAACUCAAUCAAAUCAAAGAAAGGCAUUGCAUUCAAAGCAGUAUCCGAUCACAUGCAUCACUUAUAUGUCGUCAACUACAAUGAGUUGGUCAAGAGGAUCCAGGAUGCCAUGACGGACGAGCCUAGUAUCAAGGAGCUCUAUAGUGAGGGUGAAGACCAUGCCAAGGCCAUUGAAAAACUGAUUGAAGUGCUCCAGAAUAUGCCACAGGCUAAGCCACUUAUGGCCAAGGUCAAUGAUGAGAUCCCCAAUAUCAGGCCUUUGGCCACUCAGUUUCGGGAUGCGUUACGUGGCGCAAAGCGCGAUCUCAUAAUGUUCCUUACCUCGAAAUGUAACCAAAGGGAGUGCCAAGAUUUCUACCGACAGCAUGAUAUUGGGAUGCUAGACAUGGGGUGUUUACAUUAUGAUGAAUUACCCAAAUUGGAAAUAUAUAUGGACGCUAUCCAGGAAGUGGUAGACAGCAACUUUAUAAAAUACCCGCAAAAGGCUGCUCAGCAAUUGCGGCAGAUAUCCAAUGCAACUAAAGAUCAUAUGAGUAAUAUUAUAAGCGACAUUAAGGAUAAUCUUGAUAGGAGCGCCCAGGAGUUGCAAAAGCGGUAUGCAGCAUCUUUGGAAGUAUUGCGACAGGUUGUCAAGGCAAUUAACAAGGAUGAGUCUUAUGUGGACAAGGAAAAAGUUAGACCUACAAGUACACCAGCCGCAGCCCUGCGAAGAAAACUAGGGCCAACGUGGUUAGGAACUACGCUUUUCAUUAUUGUUUUACUAAUGCUGGUGCCCCUUUUUCUGAUCCUUGCCCUUCUGGUGGCUCUUUCUAAUCCAAAAGUGGCCAGUCGGCUGCUCUGCGCUGUCCUGAUUUCUAUUUUCCUCUUGUUCUCAGUUGCCAUGAUCCCAGUACUCUUCAAUCUGAUCCACGGAGCUUUGAUGUACCAAGCCUUUUGCCUUAGAAAACCCACUUUGCCGGUGGUCAACAAGUUCAUCAAUCCGAAUGAGUAUAUCCCAAAAAACCUAACCAUCUUUCGAUCACUGCCCAUGUUGAGAACCGCGGAUAUCCUGCAGAGCUGCGUUUACAACGAUAGCUUGUUUAAUGUUUUGGGUCUGGAGGAGCUCUAUAACCUAGAGGGCCUUCGCGAUGAUGUAAUGAAGGAUGUCGACAAAACCCUGGAGAAAAAGGACAAUGCUUCACUUCCACACCAACUUAUUCAUCCCGAGGCGGAAAAAAUGGCCACAGAAUUAUUACAGGGUAAUAUUUCCAGAUAUGAUAGCAAGUUACUGAAAAAGGACCUGUGUCCUGAACUUGUGCCAGAACCCAAGCCAGGUCGUUUGCCAGCGUUGACCACAGAACUGGAUAACCUAGCUAAUGCGGUAAAACCAGGAGUCACUCUACAAAACCAGGCGAUUCACCUGCGCGCCUAUCAAAAAUACUUGGGUGAACCAUUGGAAACGAUUAUCCAGCAACUUCUAGAUAUGCUGAAAGAAAUAGAUAGACUUCUAUCCGGGAGUUAUGGUAGCUUUGCCAAAUAUAUGGAACAUCUGCUGUCCAAGAUCGAGCAGGGUGACGAUUUCCUGCAAAACUAUCCCAACAAUAAGAUGGGUGAAGUGUCUCGAAACAUCAGUUCACUUGUGGAAACCGGACUGGAUGAGUACAUUCGCAUGGUCGACAAGGCCACCCAUGGCGAGAUGGAGAGCUGUGAGCCCCUCACUAGAGAGGAGGAUCAGGCUAUGGUGGAGUAUACCGAACUCUGCAAUCGGUUCGUUAGGCCAAUGAACGCCAUCUGGCUCUGGCUGCUUAUGUUUUCCUUACUCCUUUUGCCCGCCAUCUGCUGCAUCCAUUUCUUGAGAUGUCGUUUGAAAUCCUUAAGAAAUCUUUCAGAGGCAACGCUAGUUUCCGUGGGUGAGGGCAACUUUGUGGCUCCCGGGAUGUUACCCGUAGGGUUACCACAGUGCUAUUGCUACAGAUACCUUCCCGUGGCGGCGGAAACCAAUGUAGACCACAUGGAUAUGGACGAGGACUUCUAUGUGGAUCUAGUCAAGCGGAAGAGGGAGUGAAUACUGUCUUAGAGUUUCUUACCUUUUGUAUUUAUAUUAAAACUUAUAAACAACUUAAACUUUCUGACUAAAUUAUGGGCUU